AUGUCCAAUAACGGUGCUCCGGACUCUUGGGAAAGUGAAGCUGAUGUUAUUGGUGAACAAGGUGCAAAAGAUUCUAAUGAUGUGUCUACAAAAUUUUCCACGUUGAAUGUAAAUGCCGUGGAAUUCGUGCCUUCUUUUUGUAAGUCUUCCCAAGAUGAUGAUAAUACCGAUUCACCUACUUCACCACAGAAAUCUGAAAGUGGUUCUACAAAUUCUGCUGAAAGUCCUGUCCUGAACGGUUGCGGGGAUGGUGGCGAAAGCGGAGAUGGUAGAGCGGCUUCUGCAUCUCCCCGUGUAGAAGAGCCACCGCCUGUACCUCCGGCCGCGGCUACUGCUCCAUUACCAGUGCCUCCAGAUGUAAGCCCUACUGCUGACAGCUGGGAAGCAGAAGCAGAUGAUGCUCUACUCACUCCUGAAGAUAACAACGAACCAGAGGAAGAGGAAUUAGAACAACAGGUGCCAUCAACUGACGAUGGCGAAGCUGCAAAAAAAAUUCCUAAAAAGAAACCACCUAGAGUAGAAGACACUCGUAGCAAGAAGGAGCAUGUCAAUGUUGUGUUUAUUGGGCAUGUAGAUGCUGGAAAAUCUACGAUUGGAGGUCAAAUAAUGUCAUUAACAGGAAUGGUGGAUAAACGAACAUUAGAGAAAUAUGAACGAGAAGCAAGAGAGAAAUCCAGAGAAUCCUGGUAUCUAUCCUGGGCUCUUGAUACUAACCAAGAGGAAAGAGACAAGGGUAAGACAGUAGAAGUUGGCAGAGCAUACUUUGAGACUGAUAAAAAGCAUUUCACAAUACUCGACGCACCAGGACAUAAAAGUUUUGUGCCUAACAUGAUUGGUGGGGCCGCACAAGCUGAUCUUGCUGUACUUGUGAUAUCUGCAAGGAAAGGAGAAUUUGAAACUGGAUUUGACAGAGGGGGGCAAACCCGGGAACACGCUAUGUUAGCUAAAACUGCCGGUGUUAAACAUUUAGUAGCCCUUGUUAAUAAAAUGGAUGACCCCACAGUAAACUGGGAUGAAAAAAGAUACAAUGAAUGUCGCGACAAAAUCAUGCCAUAUCUCAAAAAGCUGGGCUUCAACACGGCUAAAGACUUGUCUUUCUUACCUGUUUCUGGACAAACUGGUCAAGGCUUACUGGAGAGAGUAACUGAGGAAAUAUGCCCCUGGUACCGUGGACCAUCAUUUAUCCAAUUGAUCGACGAGCUGCCGUCUCUCAACCGCAAGAUGGACGGGCCUUUCAUCAUGCCUGUUGUUGAUAAGUACAAGGACAUGGGUACUGUGCUCAUGGGGAAAGUCGAAGCUGGAACCACCCGCAAGGGUGCUACUCUUUUCCUUAUGCCUAAUAGGGUUCAAGUUAAUGUGGAUCAGUUAUGGUCUGAUGACAUAGAGGUCACUUCAAUCGGCCCUGGUGAGAAUGUCAAAGUGAAGCUUAAAGGAAUUGAAGAGGAAGAUGUGUCUCCUGGAUUUGUUCUGUGCGACACAGCCGAACCUAUCACCACUGGAAGAGUAUUUGAUGCUCAAGUGGUUAUUUUGGAGCACAAAUCUAUAAUUUGUGCGGGAUAUUCUGCCGUGAUGCAUAUACACUGUGCUGCUGAAGAAGUUACUGUCAAGGCGCUCAUCUGUCUGGUAGACAAGAAAACUGGAGAGAAAUCUAAAACGCGACCGCGGUUUGUGAAACAGGACCAGGUGGCCAUAAUGAGGAUAGAGUGUGCAGGAGUCAUCUGUUUAGAGCCAUUUAAGAAGUUUGCCCAGAUGGGCAGAUUCACAUUAAGAGAUGAAAAUAAAACUAUUGCAAUCGGCAAAGUCCUGAAAGUGAUUGAG